AUGGGUGUGGACGAGCAGAAGGAGGAACGUGAAGUCCUCGACUCCAUCUUCCCGGAUGAGAUCACAGAUCUUUCAGACACCUCAUACCGAAUAUCAAUCACCCUCGACCAGCCUGCCGACUUCCAUGAUGAGUCCGUGGAGCCACCAAUCAUUCUCCUGAAUGUCACAUACCCCGAAACGUAUCCCGACGUGGGUCCGCAUCUCGACCUCAGCGCUCCACCCAGUGCUGCAAAACAUCCUCUUAUUGAGGUGGCCGAAGACAAAGCCCAGUUGCUUGAUGCUCUUGCGCCCACAAUAGAAGAGUCGUUAGGAAUGGCAAUGGUAUUCACUCUCGUGUCAACGCUGAAGGAGCUGGCGGAGCAGCUCAUGGCAGAUCGCCAGCGCCAGGAAGACGAAAUUCGCGAUAUGGAAGUGCGGAAAAAGGAGGAGGAAGCGAACCGUAAGUUUUACGGCACAAAGGUCACGAAGGAGCGGUUCUUGGAAUGGCAGGCCAACUUCAAGAAAGAAAUGGAGGAGGCGGCUCGGGUCCAGCGUGAGGAGGAGGAGGCCGAAGAGAAGAAGAAAGGCGGAGCGAAGGCUGCAGCGAAGGCGGAGGAGAAGCGUAUGACUGGCAGACAGCUUUGGGAGAAAGGUCUGGUCGGCAAAGACGCGGACAUCGAAGGCGAAGAUCUAACUGAAGGCGUCAAAGAGCUAAAGGUUGGUGCUUGA